UACUUCCGGGGCUCGGAGUUACAAAACUACUUUACAAAGGUGCUCGAAGAUAACUUAAAGGCUCUCAUCAAGCCUCAAUACGUGGACCACAUACCGAAAGCCAUUAAGGGCAACUUGACGGUCUCACAAAUGCUCGACUCUAAACUCGAAUUGGACAAUAAACAAAAGAUGUGCGACGAACUAGAACUCAAUAAUGUACUGGAUCGAGAGGUAACUCAGCUUUCUGGUGGGGAGCUUCAGAGAUUUGCUAUCGCGAUGUCAUGCAUACAAAGGGCAGACGUAUAUAUGUUCGACGAACCUUCCUCGUAUCUGGACAUUAGGCAAAGACUGAAAGCGGCUGAAGUCAUACGGUCCUUGCUGAGUCCAGACUGCUAUGUUGUCGCUGUCGAGCAUGAUCUGUCUGUGUUGGACUACCUCUCUGAUUUUAUCUGCUGUCUGUACGGAAAGCCAUCUAUGUAUGGUGUGGUUACGAUGCCGUCAUCCGUUCGUGAAGGUAUCAAUAUUUUCCUUGAUGGAUUCAUCCCCACUGAGAACCUCCGGUUCCGUGAGGAAUCUCUCUCAUUCAAGAUGGUUGAGACUGCUGAAGAAGUCAUUGUCGAUAAAACCCGACAUUAUUCAUACCCUUCCAUGACCAAAACAUUGGGAGGCUUCAAGCUUACUGUUCAAGAGGGAAGCUUCACGGAUUCUGAGAUUAUUGUCAUGUUAGGAGAGAAUGGGACUGGGAAGACGACGUUCGUUCGAUUGUUGGCGGGAGAUACUCCUGACGUUGAGACGGAUAAACAAACUCUUUCUGUGUCGUUGAAGCCUCAGACCAUAUCUCCGAAAUUCCCAGGCACCGUCCGCAUGUUAUUGUUGAAGCAGAUCAAGAUCGCAUUCAUGCACCCACAAUUCCAAACCGAUGUACUGAAGCCAAUGAAUCUAGACAAUAUCCUGGAUCAAGAAGUGAAAACACUUUCUGGAGGAGAGCUACAACGAGUCGCCAUUGUCCUGGCUUUAGUUUCUUGGAUUCCGAACAGCGUAUCAUUGCGAGUAAAGUGA